AACGAAAGGUGCGCAACCAGAGAACUUGAAGCACCUCAGCUGCAGUGCUGCGACCGACUGCGACAGGCGAGACUGCGAGUGCAGCCCGCCCGCCUUCCUUCCCGUCUUCUUCCUUUCUGAGAUGACCUGCCCCCAAAGCCAGACACUGCCAGAGCGAGGGGCCCCAGAGAGGGCCGCCCGCGCGGGCACGGCAGUGGACAGAGCGAUUGCAACCAGCACGCCAGCGCCAGUCCAGCCAGAGUCAGACCUGAGUGAGAGUGCAGGCAGGACUUGAGAGGGCAGAGGGCAGAGUUCCCAGAGUGCGAGUGGGCCCCCCUCUCUCCCUCGCACUUCCACUUUGCACUCGAUUUCCCAUUCCUCCCGUCCCCUUCCACUUGAAUUCUCUGGUCUCUUUCUUGGAUCUCUUGCCCCCCCUUCGUUUCCGACACCUGCCUACCUAUUCAUCUUUCACAACAGUCUUGACCAAGUCCGAACCGACUUUCCAUUUUCGCGCACAUACGACUCUGCCCCGGCCGACUUUACCUUUCUUCAGUUCGUUUCGUUCCUCGCGGCGCAAUCUGUUCCCUUCUCGACAAAUCCAUCUCGUCGUCGUCGUCAUUCACCACUGCGUUUCUCCUCGCUUUUGGGCUUGACGCUCGCCACUCCUCCUGCGCAGAAGAACACGAUCCAGAUCCCGAGAGCGACCUCGACCUGACGCCCGGCUUAUUCCUUUUCUGGAGACUUGGUCUUUCAAUCUAGGCCUCGACAGUGAUUGACGCCGCCUGGGCUCUCUCCUCAAAUUCUCGAAUUCGACCUUCAUCAUCAGUUCCGACGUGUUCUUCCGCCCGACCGAGCGUUCCGCUGCCGACUUGUAACCCUGGCUAGUCCAUACGACAAACGGGCAAUAUAAUCCAAGGCUGUCUCCCAACGGAUGAAAGCCCCGGCUUUUUCGUCAAGUUGUGCUCGUCUCUCUGGUCAGAAUCAAUUGCGUUGGACAGCGCGCCAGCAUGCCCUUCGACCUAGAAAGAUAACCAGUCAACAACACCCUCCCGAUAUCCUACCGAAACCGCCGUCCCGAGGUCUUUCCAUAGAUUAUGACCGACAAGCUGCCGUCACUGCUGACGCCAAUCGCGCCUCCUAGUCGGACUUCAUUCUCCGUCUCUGCUGCCGUUCCUGUCCAAGAUGGUAUACGAGCGCAGGAGAAUGUUGAGGAAGAGCCGUACACCAUUAGGUGUAUCUGCAAAUACCCCGACGAUGACGGAAACACGAUCUACUGCGAGCUAUGCGAUACGUGGCAGCACAUCGAAUGCUACUACCCCAACAACUCUGAGGAUGCUCUCCGCGAUCCAGACUUUGCACACUUCUGUGUUGAGUGCCAGCCAAGGCCCUUGGAUCGGGAACGAGCCAAAGAAAACCAGAGGCGCAAGCUUACAACGGGUGUCACUGAAGGAAUGGCAGACAAGAAGAGCAAGCGUCCUAUCUCAAAGAGCCACAAGAAGAAGCCGAAACCGAGCGACCUGCCAUUGACUGGUCAGCACUCGAAAGCCGAAAAGCAAGCCAGCAUCCAGGACAGCCAUCCUCCAACAAAGAAAUCGAAAAGCUCGCACAAAUCUAGUCAUUCGGUUAGCUCACAGGCUGCGAAACGCAGUCCACAAUUCGGCAGCACCAAGUCCAACCAUGCUCAUCCUCCUAGUCCUGCGGCGACGCCACCUGACCUGCCUGCCGACUUUGAGAUACAUACCUAUGCCCCUGCGUUGCUAUCCGGCUCCAGUGACCGAGGUGUUGAGAUUGUGCAUACCAACAGUUUUGCUAGCCUCCAGGUGUCAAACGCCAUCUCGGCUUGGCUACGAGACCACAACAAACUCCAGAAAGAGACGGGCUGGGCCUACGCUGACAUUUUUCAGCCUCUACCCCCAAAUAUUGAUCAGCUAAAAAGGCCAGUGGAUAUUGAACUUUCCCGGAAGACACUCGGUCAAGGCACCGUCGCGUCUUGGAAGUGCCUCAAAGCGCCAUCGGCUAUUGCUCAUAACGUCCCUCUUGUGGAACUGAAUGGGCAGAUCGGGAUUCAGAGCAGUUAUUGCGCAGAUCCCGAUAGCCGGUGGCAAGAGCUGACGUCCCCGCUUCCUUAUGUCUUCUUCCACCCCAUGCUUCCCAUUUAUAUCGACACCAGGAAAGAAGGAUCCCAGGCUCGCUAUAUCCGACGAAGCUGCAAGCCUAAUGCCAUGCUCGAAACAUAUCUUUCAGACGGCUAUGAGCUUCACUUUUGGCUUGUAACCGACAGGCAGGUCGCAGCUAGGGAAGAAAUCACACUGCCCUGGGACUUCCGAUUCCCCAAUGAGAAUAAGUCACGGAUGCUCCGGGUUCUGGGGCUCAGUGACGAAGACACUUCAGCCCACGCCGAGUCUUCUGUUGACGAUGGGGAAUAUCAGGCACUUACGAGCUGGCUGCACAACAUCCUUUCCGAAUAUGGAGGCUGUGCGUGCAACCUUGGAUCAGAAUGUGCAUUUGCCCGCUUCCAUCGGAAUCAUUUGGGCAAAUCACAGGCGCCAGCAAACCCACCCAAGACCAAGAAGCGAAAAAGCAAAACACAAAGUUCGUCCACCAUCGGCACAGGGCCAGCAACGGACAGUCGAGCAGCUAGUGAAGGCCACCUUGAGGAUGCUCCCGAGAAUGAUCGCCGAUCAGUGUCUGGCUCAGCACGGAGCAAGCCUCCAAGCCGAGACCUCACCCCCACGGCCCGCCAGGGAUCAUUCGACACUCUUGGGAUAUUGACAGAGCCGACCGAUCGGGACAAGCGGAAAGUCUCCAUGAUCGAAGAGACCUUCCGCCGGAUCGAGUUACAGCAACAACCUACCAAGAAGCGGAAAGCACGCGGCUCUGAUGCAGCUACUACCUCCAAGAAAGGUAGCAAGAGCAGCGCUACAACCCAGACGACAAAUGCGACGAAUGGACCCGACGAACGCCACUGCCACUUUGCCAAUGGUGAAACAGCAAUCACCAGCAAAGCAACAUCACCAGCAGCAAGUGCGAAAUCUGGUCGGGUCACCAAAUCGAAGAAAACCAGUUCGAGGAAAGGAUCUGUUGCCGUCGUUUCCCAUCCUGUUCCUGCGCAGCCAGUCCGUUUGCCGUCUCGCCCCAAGUAUGCCGAUGCUGGUACUCAAACGAACCCCGACACCGAGGCCAACCCUGCACCCUCGCCGGCACGACCGAAAAGGAGGUUGGUUUCGGUGACGAUGCGCAUCAUGCAGCAUCAUCGCUGGCUGAAAGAGCAGCAGGGCAAGCAACGACUGCUCAAUCAGGCGGUUGCUACUGUCCCAAUGGAUGUGGAUAGUCCAAAAGACAACAAGGCUGUGGUUUCAGUUGCUGGUUCGGUUCAGGAUACAACUUUGAAACCCAGUGCACCAAGCAAGGUCACCACAAGUGAUGUCGAGAUGCCCGACGCGCCCACCGUAUCAGCGAGUCAUCUGAAGGCUGCCCAAAGUACUUCUGUCGUUACUGCGCCAAAGAGCAAAGUCUUGGAUCUGAGGGUUCCCAUGCCACCUGUUCCGCCCUUUCCAAGUUCAACCUCUUUGGCCUUGACCUCUACCACUUCUUUACCUGCAGGGACUUCGGCGGCUCAGUCAUCAUUUUCCGUUACUGGUCUGCCAAGUCCCCUGGGGCCGUCGUCUAUCAAUGGUCUGACUGCAAACCCAAGCCCAAUAAAGAAAAAGUUGAGCUUGAGUGAUUACACCAAAAGCAGGAUGAACAAAGCUGCGGCAGCUCGCCCAUCGGUUAGUGUGCCCUCUCUGAAGCCCAAUGCUGCUUUGGACGAGCCAAAGUUGACCACCAGUGACGACAAUGGUGGAGCUGCUUCUGGCUCCCCAACCACGGAAAAGGUGACUGAUACGACUGGCUCGACCACAGCCGCUUUGGCCUUGACAACUGCAAGCAGCUCUGUGUAACAAGUAUAUAGACUAAGGUCUUCCCGUGUAUGGAUUAAUGGUGGAGGAUGUUCUCAAGUAUUUCUGUUAGCGGCUUCUUACUCGGUGUCACUCUUGAGACCUGAGUCAUAGAACCCCGACAUUCGAGCGAAGCAGCCAGGUCGCUGUUAGGUCCGGGCCGAUUGCGAUAUAAAGUUUUAUGGUACUUUUACGUUUUUUUCACAAAAUGGGUUUGGCGGCUGGUGAUAUAAUUAACGUGGCGUUUGGGAUAUUUCUUUCCUGGUCCGGGAAACUGAGUUUUGUGGGACGGCUUCAUAUCAAGCCUUGGAGCCCCGUACUGGUCGGGAGUUUUUGUGAAACCGGGUUGGGUUGGGUUCACAGUGGUUGGUCUUCCAUGAUAUGGGAUGGCUGCCUGGUUUUCGGAGGGGGUUAUUUAUUUUGUCUGUUAUGCUUGCGAGGAAAGACAGGAAGAGAAAGAUGAAAUGAUCAAAAUGGGAAAAGCACAACACCAUCACAUCACUGGAUUUCUUGGUCAAAGUCAUUGGAUGGGUAUGUCAAAGGACAUGUCUCAACCCCUUUUUCCCUUGCCCAAUCUUGAACUUCGUUCUUACUUUUUUAUCUUCUUGUCCUCUCUUUCAAUCUCUCACUUCUUUUUAUGAUGACCAAUGGAUGGAUGGACGGAUGGAUGGAUGGAUCACGGCUUUUUUUUCUAUCUACGCUACUACGCUACUCAAGCAAUAGUGAUAACGCUUUGCCAAGGCAGUUGAGGCACUCAUUGAAUCUUUGAAAUGUUUCAAGUAGUUUACGAUACAUUUGCUGUAUUUUCUUGAUUUCGUUGGUCAGAACCUCAGGCAUGUGUCUUGAUCCUCCUUUGUUGGCAUGGAGAAAACUAGUCAUUUUGUCCUCGAAAUAUCUUCUGCUCUGUUGCCAUUUAGUCAAGAGGGCUGGGGAAAGGAAUACUACGAACUUUCUGUACAUGACAUUCAGUCACGGUAUCCCCGAGCCACCUAUAUAUACACCACAAGCCAGCCAGCCAGCCACCCAGCAGUACAUGUAUAAAUAUCCUGUUUGCUCGAUGAAAUGUUGUUGCUAGCUGUUACGUUUUACUCGCCUAAAAUACAUACAUAGUUAUUC